AUGACUGUCUCAGUCCAAGUUUUAGCUAUUGUCCUGCAAUUCUUUGUUACUACUAGUCUUUGUCACCCUCUAGAUCCUCUCAGUCCAAGAGAAAUCAACCAAGUUAGACUCAUCGUUCAAAAGUCUCAUCUUGGCUCUGUUACUAAUCUAACUUUUCAUUUUGUUGAUCUUGAAGAGCCAGAGAAAAGAGAUGUUCUCAACUGGUUAUCUUCACACAAACACAAUGAGUCUUUUCCUCAUCGUCGAGCCAGGGUUGUGGUUCGAGCUGAGGGUCAGACCCAUGAGCUCAUUGUAGACUUCGCCACUGGUUCAAUAACAUCAGACCAUGUUUACACUGGCCAUGGUUACCCUCCAUUGACUUUUGAAGAGCUUUUUCAGGCCAGCAGGCUACCCUCAAAGUACCCUAAAUUCCAAGUCUCAAUUUUGAGAAGGGGUUUAAAUUUGUCUGAAGUCACCUGCAUACCAUUUACAAUUGGUUGGUUUGGGGAGAUUGUUACCAGAAGAGCUUUGAGACUCUCGUGUUUUUAUCGUGGAGGGACGUCUGAUAUAUGGGCAAGGCCGAUUCAGGGGAUAGAUAUUCUAGUUGAUGUUGAAACAAUGCAAAUUACCAAGUAUUUGGAUAGGGUUAGAGUUCCAUUGCCUGGAGCUGAGGGGACUGAUUUUCAAUCAUCAGGGCAAAGGCCUGUUGUUGUCACCUGUAAUAAAACAGAAAUUGGCUUCACCAUUACUGGGAACGAGGUUAGAUGGGCUAAUUGGGUGUUCCAUCUAUCGUUCAAUGCUCGAGCAGGGCUGAUCAUAUCAACAGCCUCCAUAUUUGACGCGGGUAGGAAAAAGUACAGGCAUGUGCUUUACAGAGGACAUAUAUCGGAGACAUUUGUUCCUUAUAUGGAUCCUACAAGUGAAUGGUAUUAUAAAACCUUCAUGGAUGUGGGUGAAUUCGGGUUUGGAAGAUCGGCCAGCACGCUUCUGCCACUGAUUGACUGCCCUGGCAAUGCAGCCUAUCUCGAUGGGUAUCUAGCCGGGGUGAAUGGACAAGCACAGAAGAUUCCAAGGGCCAUUUGCAUUUUUGAGAGGUAUGCUGGAGAUGUUGCCUGGAGACAUACUGAAAUUGGUGUACCUGGAAAAGAUAUAACUAGUGGAGAGCCAGAGGUUAAUCUGGUAGUAAGAUUGGUGGCAACUGUUGGAAAUUAUGACUAUGUCCUUGACUGGGAGUUCAAGCAAAGUGGCUCCAUCAAGGUUGGGGUGAGCCUAACAGGUGUGCUUGAAGUUAAGUCCACUGCAUACACAAACAUUGACCAAAUAACUGAGAAAGUUUAUGGCACCUUGGUAGCAGACAACAGAGUUGCCAUCAACCAUGAUCACUUCCUCACAUACUACCUUGACCUUGACAUUGAUGGAAACCACAAUUCAUUCAUCAAAUCCAAACAGAAAACAGUGAAAAUAACAAACAUUAACCUAUCUCCUAGGAAGAGUUACUGGACAACUGUUAAGGAAACUGUCAAAACUGAAGCUGAGGCCAGGACUAGGCUUGGGUUGGAACAACCAGCAGAGCUACUAGUAGUGAACCCCAAUAAGAAGACUAAGCUGGGAAAUCAGGUUGGUUAUCGGCUUAUCACCGGACAACCAGCAACCUCCCUGCUGUCCAGUGACGAUUACCCGGCGAUUCGAGCAGCUUACACCAAGUAUCAAUUGUGGGUGACAUGCUACAAUAACUCAGAAAGGUGGGCUGGUGGGUUUUACGCUGAUAGGAGCCAUGGGGACGAUGGCCUUGCUGUUUGGAGUCGCAGGAAUAGAUCAAUUGUGAAUAAAGACAUAGUGGUGUGGUACACAGUAGGGUUCCAUCACGUUCCAUACCAAGAAGAUUUCCCGGUGAUGCCGACAAUCUACGGUGGGUUCGAGCUCCGGCCGGCAAAUUUUUUCGAAAGAAACCCAUUGCUCAGACAAUAGCACUGUUUUAGAGCUUGUUAAUUUAAAGUCAAUGCACUUAUUUCAAUUUAGCAGAGGCAAAUCAUCUAAAUAGUUUUAUCCCUGUUUCAUUUCUUAUCUGUUGUUUUUUUGUUACUGCUUGAUUUUAAAAGGCUAG